AAAGCGAAAUAGAAAGUCAAGUAUUAUACUUCCUGUAAUUUCCCCGCUUGAUAGACAGUAAUCAUAAAUAGGCUGAUUUUCUUUUAGACAUGCUAUAAGACUAUAUGCCCAGAGAAUAUCGGUUUCUAAACAGUUCGUGCUGCUACUGGUCGGAUCCCUUACCGUGCUUACGAUUUGAAGAAUUUGGUGACUGGUUUUAAAAUGAAUUUCAAUAGGUUGGUUGUUAUUGCCUUUCUGCUGAAUUUAUAUGAAGCAUGCAUAAGUGUUUAUAUAUCUUCUACCAGUCGAGGAUACACGAGCGCAGAGACUGGUGAACCUUUCUUCGAGUGCUACAGAAAUGCUCCUGAUUUGACGGCACAGGUCUAUAUAGGGAGGUACGUCUACACUUACAAUGAUAUCGAUGACCCAGCUAAUGAUAAUCCAUUUUCAAGCGAUUCUUUCUUGGCUGGCAAUCCAUCAACUCAAGUCUACAGAGUAAACCUUGACACAAGUCAGCACAGGUCGUAUGGUGUCUUCUACUGCGCUGCAGUGCGUAAUGGAGAAUUCUCCGCUGUACCAACAAUUUUCCUAAGAUCCGAUGCUAAAUUUUUACCUCGUAGUGGCAGGUUUACAAAGACAGUCAACACAGGUGAUGUGAAUGUGACUGUUGAUUUUACUGAGGUCACCCCUAUUGAUACCAUCAAAGAAUGGAGGUUUAAUGGUACAACAAGCCCUUUUGACACUAUAUCUCAGAACACAAUCUUCGAAAGUUUGACAGUCUAUACAAUAGUAGGAAAAGUGGAUACAUCAGAUAAAGGUGUUUAUGAAAUUCAUUUACGAGGUGAAAGAGGACUGGCAAGGGCUGGACUACAAAGACUAAUUGUAAGAGCAUGCCCGGCUGGUCGCUAUAAUGAGUCGAGUGGUUGCACCCAAUUGUGCUCAUCAUGUUAUAAUGGAGGAAUAUGCCACGAUCAAACCGGGGAAUGCAUCUGUCCUCCAGGAUUUCAGGGCGAUUCUUGCGAAAGAGUAUGCGGUGGAAAUCGCUUUGGUCGUAACUGCGAGUACCGAUGUGACUACGAUCUUUCAGAUGAUAAGACGGCAUGUAGUGGUCUUCAGGUUUGUGUACCUGAUCCAUAUGGGUGUUCAUGUACACCAGGAUAUAAAGGAUUAGACUGUACUACAGAAUGUGAUAUAGGAGAGUUUGGAGCUAGUUGUACUGAGACGUGUCAUUGUGUAUCAGGAGGAUAUGAUCGGUUUACGGGGGUCUGUACUGGAAGCUCUUCCGAUUGCGAAUCAGAAUGGACAGGGACAAACUGCCAAGAAUGCGUUUCGGGAAGAUGUGGUCCUAAUUGCGAACCAUUCACUGUUAAAUAUGAAAAAGUUAACAGAGGACAGUAUAGCAAUUUCUUUUGUCAACUAAACGGAGAUAAAUUCAUUUCUACGGCUGCUCCAGUGGUAAAUAUCUACAGGAAAUUGGGCAGUGGAAAUUUUACGCAGCAAAAUAUAAUUUCAAUCGGAGCCACACCAUUCGGACGUUUUGCUUUUCUUGUAACUGACGUUAACGUUGGAGAAACAUUCGCCUGCUCCAUUCACGACGUAAACGAAUGUUGGUCAGAGUCUCUUACGGCUGACGGAGAAUUCACCCAACCAGAGCUUCGUAGCUCACCCGUGGUAACCAGAAGGAGUAAUGAAUCCAUCACUCUAAUGUGGGAUGCCUGGGAUGCAGCAACAGAUAUAGGUGAUCCUCCUCUUCUAAGAUACCGUAUCUAUUAUAGGGUCAACGACCCAGAAGAACAGGAACAACAAGUCCCACGGUCUGAUCCUCUUGCACCAUCUGAGAGAGUGACUGGUCUAAGUCCGGAUACAGACUAUGUGUUUGCUGUAGCAGCAGUUAGACCAGGUGUAGGGGGUGGGGGACCUCGUUUGGAAGUCCAAGGUACAACGAAGUGCUCACCGCCCUUUGGUUUAGUGCAGUCUAUCAACGUUUCAUCAUCUUCUCUAUCUCGAACACUGAACAUCAAGUGGAAGAACCCUAUUUCGGACGCUAACUGCCGGAGUGGAUUAACGGGCGUUCGAAUCUAUUGGAACUCAGUGGAAGUUUCAACGGUAUCCCGAGGAUCCAUCGAUGUUCCUUUAAAUGUUUCUAUGGGUUUUGAUCUGUCUUUGCCAGAGCCAUACACCACUUAUAUUAUCACUAUGGCUAUCCUCAAUCGUGAUUCGGAAGGUGAUAUGAGUCAACCAUUAUUGGAUAUGACUGCAGAAGAUAGUGCCCCACCCCCGUCAGAAAUAGAAGCUGAAAUUAUAACUUCUGUUAUAAUCGUGACAUGGAAUGCAUCUCUUCCGCUUCAUCUUAAUGGCCAUAUAACGGGAUAUACUAUUAACUACAAGAAGAUAUCACCCACCAUUGAAGAUGCCCAUUCAGAGUCUAUUAUAACAUCCCAGGUCACCGACAUUUAUGUGAUAAAAGGAGUGCAAGAAGGGGAGGUCUACGAGAUACGGGUAAACACGGUCAAUGGCUUGGGCCCGGGUGAAUGGUCAAGAACUCUUUUGAUCGAAGUUUUUGGAUAUGGACCAAGAUAUCACCUUAAAGAAAUUCUUCUCUCUGCGCUUAUUCCAUCAAGUAUAUUGUUAAUCAUACUUAUUUUACUUCUCUUGAAAAGACGGCAAUCCCACCGUACUCCCCACAUACAGAAUGAGAACAAACACGAUGACGGUAAGCAGACUGCAGGUGCUUCCGAGACGUAUGUGGAGCUCUAUGAACGACCGAGUAACGAGGCAGCUGCUUAUCAGGACCUUGACUUGACAGCGGUACGUGGAAGCGAGCCUGAAUAUAUCAACGGGCCUAUGGUAGACGGACCUCGAGGAAGAAAGAAUGUAGUAAAUUCAAAGGAAAAUAAUGACUGCUAGCUCGGGCAUGGCUCAGUCCCCAGAAUAGGACGUUUUGCUAAGUGCAUGGAUCUACUGAUAAAAAUUGUUUUAUUAUUGCAUUGUUAUGUAUAUAUAUUUUUUUCUUUAUGCCUUCAUCUUUUUAGUAUAGUUACUAAUCUGUGAAUCUGAAAGAUCACCUCUCGUCUUAUUAAAAUUUUUCAUGUAAUUUUUUUUCUUUAUCGUCUUUUUCCCACCCUUUUCUUGUUCCCAUAAAAUCUCAAAAACUUCUUCAUCAUUUUUUUUUUAUUCUAUCAGUAAUGGGGAUCCAUUAUCAAUCUAUCUAUCUUUAUAUCUAUUUCUCUAUCUAUCUAUCUAUCUAUCUAUUUCUCUAUCUAUCUAUCUAUCUAUCUAUCUAUCUAUCUAUCUAUCUAUCCAUCCAUCUGUUUAUCUAUCUAUCUAUCCAUCGAUCUGUAUGUCUGUCUGUGGAUCUAUGUAUCUGUCAAAUUAUAUAUCUAUCUGCCUAUCCAUAAAUAUAUUAAUCUAUUGAUCUGUCGACCUAUUUAGCUUUAUCUCUAUCUCUAAGCAAUCUGUCUAUAUAUCUAUCUAUCUAAAUCCAUUAAUGUAUAACUUCAUCAUGUGCGAUACCUUUGUAAUACGACCUAUUCACAUAAUACUAUCUGUCUUGUACGACCUAUUCACAU